UUUUUCAUUCCGAAUACGCAAUUUUGUGUAACUCGGGCCUCGCGGCCGGUCCCAGCUCCCGGCACCGGCCCAUUCAACGUGUGCAUGGCCACGCGCUCGGUGUCCACGGAGGGCUCGCGAGCAUGCGCUCCCGGUGUGCGCAAGGGCUCGCGAGCGGACGCGCGCCCGGCUCGAGCAGGCGCUGCUAGCCGGUGCGACCCGGCUCACGGAGGCUGGGAGCGAGGUUGCCCGGCAUGCGUAGGGGCUGCGAGAGGUGCGCUAGCGCGCGCGGGGCUUGAGUGA